GCGGGACUUUGGAGCAUAGAGCUAGACUCUGUUGCCAUGGCACUGUGUCCGACCUCUCAUUGUAAUGGCGUGCCAUUAUUCUCUCUCUGCCGAAAUGCACCGCAUCUUCUGACUCAAGCCUUUGUGGCAUGCACAAGUGGCUCUCAGAGCAGAAUGGCAUUGCAAAAAAAGGCUGAGGUCAGAGGUCACGCCAGAGCCUUCCCAUUGGGCUUGCUUUUUUGUAAUCAAAUUUGUUGCGGGCACAAAAAGAGCCGCAGUAAUAUAUCUGGAAAACAUUGCAGUGCAGGGACAGUGCAGUUCAUUUGUUCGUUAGCCUUGUCCUCCACCUGGUCUUUACUUCUCCACAAAUGCUGCAUGUAGAAGAAACUGCUGGAUAACCUUCUGCUCUCACAGCAGCUGCUGUUAAACCCACAUUCAGAGCCAAACUACACCCUCUCUACUACGCUCUGCUACGCUCAUCCUAGCCCUUAGCCUGCACUGCUGAACAGACUUGAGAGGAACCAACACGGUUAUGACCAUGGAGGCCUCUCCCACCAUGCUUCCAACACUGCUGUCCAAUCAGACGACUGAGAGCUGUGAGCCUGUAGACAACACGGUGGAGAAUCUCCUCUUUGGCCUCUACUAUAUCAUAGUCUUUCUUCUCGCUCUGAAUGGUAACAGCCUUGCCCUGUGGAUCUUCUCCCGUCAGAGAGGAGUCUCCUCUCCAGCUAACGUCUUCUUGAUGCACCUUGCUGUGGCUGACCUUUCUUACGUUAUUAUUUUGCCUCUAAGAGCCACAUACCACUUAACAGGAGGUCACUGGCCAUUUGGAGAGGUUCCUUGCCGUGUAGCUGGCUUCCUAUUCUAUGUUAACAUGUAUGCCAGUCUUUACUUCCUGGCGUGUGUAGCCGGCGAUCGAUACCUUGCUGUGGUGCACGCUGUGAGCUCAUUGAAAGUCCGCCAUGCCCGCUUUGCCCACAUAACCAGCUUUGCUCUGUGGGCUCUAGUAAUUGUAGCCAUGGCGCCUCUAUUGGUGACCCAGCAGACUAUAGAGGCCAACGGCUCCACAGUGUGCUUGCAGUUGUAUAGAGAGAAAGCUUCCCGCCGAGCCUUAGUCUCCCUCAUUGUUGCAUUCAUGCCUCCUUUCCUGGCCACACUCUCCUGCUACCUGCUCAUAGUGAACAGUCUGAGAAGGGGUUUAAGGAUGGAGCCGGUGCUGAAAAUGCGGGCAUUGCGUACCAUCUGCCUGGUCAUGCUCAUCUAUGUGCUGUGCUUCCUGCCAUACCACGUGAGCCGGGCCACAUUUAUCCUGGGCUAUGGACAUCCAGAUCUGUCUUGCCAAACACAGCGAGGUCUAGCCCUGGCUAAUCGUCUCACCUCCUCUCUUACCUGUCUGAACGGAGCUCUGGACCCACUGGUCUACCUUUUUGGAGCAGAGAAAUUCAGAGGCACCGUGCAAAGACUCUUGUGCAAGGAUAAAUCAGGUGGCUCUGCAGCUACCAGUGGAGAUCUUAAAGGGACACAUGAGAGUUCCUUGAGUGCAAAGUCUGAGUUCUGAGAAAACAGCAUUUUAAAGUCUACAUCUGUCACCUAUAGGCCAGGCUACAUAAUCUGUUUGGUCCAUUUGACACUGUGUAGGUCUUCAUUUAAUGAAGUACAUUGACGCUAGGUUUGGGCGUGUAGACAUUUGAACAUAAUUAAAAGUGUUGACUGGCUGGUGUGUGAUUUUCUUAACCGGAAGUGAAAAAGGGAAGUUAUGCAAAUGCCAAAGACAUCAGCCAGUCGAUUUAGUCUUAUGUUUGUCUGAGAGUACUUAGGCCUAAGAAUAAAAAAUUUAAAAAACAGAGAAAUGGUUGUUUACUUAUAUUACACAAUUUAACAGAAUUCUGACCGUUUAAAAUGAAAAGUUACGGUUAAAGUUUUUUACAAGUUACCAUCCAGGGUGUAUUCUCAACUCACUCUCAGUUCCUGGUAUAGGCUGUGUAUCAGUGGAUAGUAUAGGCUAUCCACUCUGACCCUGACCAAGCGUGAUAAUGUUUGACCCGGAUAAAGCUUUCUGAAAGUGAGUGAGCUACUACAAGACAAAUUUCAUCCAACUUUUCCUUUGAUUUACUAACAACAAAUUGCUGACAAAUUAUAUUUGUAUAUAAGUUGUUACAUUCAACUGAAGCAGAUUUUUGGAGUGCUUGCAGUGCACUGUCAUAGUUUUACAAAUAUUACAUAUUAAAAAUGCAUUUAUUUGACUUGUGCUUAAAACCUAACACAUUCAAUUAAUAGCAUAGAAAUGUUUCAAGUCAACAGUUGCUCAAAAACCACGUGUGGGAUAAAAAGUGCCCAAGUAAAGCACAGCCUAUAUACAUAUCUUUAAAAAUUGUUAUUAGCCAUUAUUUUUAUUUCUUGAUCUGUUUGCCAAUGUUUAACGUUAAGAGUUAUGUUAAGAAUAUCAUCACUAAGCAAACGAUGCUGCGAUGCUAUAACAGCUGCUUUUGAGAAUAACUAAGUGCAUAUACAGAUCUUCAUAUUAUCUGAGCUGAUAUGUUGUACUACAGCAAAGCCUUUUAUACUCUGCAGUACUUAUGUGGCUAUGCAAUUCUACAUAUACCUUGUGUAACACUGUGUACCUCUUUUUCUUUGAUGUAUUUAAUCACCUUCAUGUGCUUAUUUUGCCUCAGUGACUCUGAAUAUGAAGCUAUUUAUUAUUCCAUUUCAUUGGAUGUGAUGUUUUGUUUUGGAUGUGAUGUUUUGUCACUUAUGUUGCUAUAUUUCAAUAUUGCUGUAUAAAGUGUGCUCAAUGCACCAUUUUGUAAUCAUGUGUAAAUUAAACUCUUUGCUUUUUUA